AGCAUGUUACGUGUGAUCUCGCAGGGCCGACCAGACCGUGCCGCAAGAAGUAGUCCGUCCGCCGCCGCUCGCCAAACACGCACGAAACUGACGACUGCUUAGUGAAAAAGUAGAAAAACAAAAACGCCCCAAAUUAAUUAAGGGACAUCCGUAACAGCGAAUAAAAAAAAAAAGAGGAAAACAAGAUGCCGAAGCCAAUAAAGCAGGAGGGGGAGGACCCCGACCCAACCCCAUACCUCUUCGUGUCCCUCGAGCAGAAGAGAAUCGACCAGACGAAGCCCUACGACGCGAAGAAGGCAUGCUGGGUACCCGACGAAAAGGAGGGAUACGUCCUGGGAGAGAUCAAGGCCACCAAGGGCGACGUCGUUUCCGUAUCUCUGCCUGGCGGCGAGACUAAGGACUUCAAGAAGGACCAGCUGCAGCAGGUUAACCCACCUAAGUAUGAGAAGGCCGAGGAUAUGUCCAACUUGACAUACCUCAACGACGCUUCGGUGCUGCACAACUUGAAGCAACGUUACUACCACAAGCUGAUCUACACCUACUCUGGCCUGUUCUGUGUGGCCAUCAAUCCUUACAAGAGGUACCCGGUCUACACUCAGCGUUGUGCCAAAUUGUACCGUGGUAAGAGGCGUAGCGAAGUGCCACCCCACAUUUUCGCCAUCUCUGACGGAGCCUACGUUAACAUGCUUACAAACAGCGAGAAUCAGUCCAUGUUGAUCACCGGUGAGUCUGGAGCCGGAAAGACUGAGAACACGAAGAAGGUAAUUGCGUACUUUGCCACCGUCGGUGCCUCGACGAAGAAAGAAGACAACCCGAACCAGAAGAAGGGAUCUCUUGAGGACCAGGUCGUCCAAACCAAUCCCGUACUUGAAGCCUUCGGUAACGCCAAGACCGUGCGUAACGACAACUCGUCCCGUUUCGGUAAAUUCAUCCGUAUCCACUUUGGACCAUCUGGAAAACUGGCUGGUGCUGACAUCGAAACUUAUCUGCUCGAGAAGGCGCGUGUCAUCUCCCAACAGAGCUUGGAGCGUUCCUACCACAUCUUCUACCAGAUGAUGUCUGGAUCCGUCAACGGCCUUAAGCAGAAUUGCCUUUUGUCCAACAACGUCAACGACUACUACUUCGUCUCUCAGGGAAAGACAACUAUUCCUGGCAUGGAUGAUGGCGAGGAAUGUCAACUGACCGACCAAGCCUUCGACGUUCUUGGUUUCACCCAAGAGGAGAAGGACAACAUCUACAAGAUCACCGCUGCUGUUAUGCACAUGGGUGGUAUGAAGUUCAAGCAGAGGGGUCGUGAGGAACAGGCUGAGGCCGACGGUACAGAGGAAGGUGAGCGCGUCGCCAAAUUGUUGGGCUGUGACUGCGCUGACUUGUACAAGAACUUGUUGAAGCCCAGAAUCAAGGUCGGUAACGAGUUCGUCACCCAAGGUCGUAACAAGGACCAGGUCGCCUACUCCGUUGGUGCCAUGUCUAAGGCCAUGUUUGACAGGCUCUUCAAAUGGCUCGUCAAGAAGUGUAACGAGACCCUGGACACCAAACAGAAGCGUCAACACUUCAUUGGUGUGCUGGAUAUUGCUGGUUUUGAAAUCUUCGACUUCAACAGUUUCGAGCAGCUCUGCAUCAACUUUACGAACGAGAAACUUCAGCAGUUCUUCAACCACCACAUGUUCAUCCUCGAGCAGGAGGAGUACAAACGUGAAGGAAUUGAAUGGACUUUCAUCGAUUUUGGCAUGGAUCUACAACAAACCAUUGAUCUCAUUGAGAAGCCCAUGGGUAUCCUUUCCAUCCUUGAGGAAGAGUCUAUGUUCCCGAAAGCCACCGACAAGACCUUCGAGGAGAAGUUGAACAACAACCAUCUUGGCAAGAGCCCGAACUUCUUGAAGCCGAAACCUCCAAAGCCUGGCCAACAGGCUGCCCACUUUGCGAUCGGUCACUACGCUGGAAACGUACCCUACAACAUCACUGGAUGGCUGGAGAAGAACAAGGACCCGUUGAACGACUCUGUCGUUGACCAGUUCAAGAAGUCCCAGAACAAACUGCUGGUCGAGAUCUUCGCUGACCACCCUGGUCAGUCCGGUGGCGGUGAUGCUGGCGGCGGCAAGGGAGGACGUGGUAAGAAGGGAGGUGGUUUCUCCACCGUAUCUUCAUCCUACAAGGAGCAGUUGAACAACCUGAUGACCACCCUGAGGGCCACCCAACCUCACUUCGUUCGUUGCAUCAUCCCCAACGAAUUGAAGCAGCCUGGUCUCAUUGACUCCCACCUUGUGAUGCACCAGCUGACCUGUAACGGUGUACUUGAAGGAAUCCGUAUUUGCCGUAAAGGUUUCCCCAACAGGAUGGUCUAUCCCGACUUCAAGCUGCGAUACAAAAUCCUGGCACCCGCGGCCGUCGACAAAGUUGCAAGCGACCCGAAGAAGGCAGCCGAAGCCGUUCUAGACGCAGCCGCUUUAGAUGCCGACCAGUUCCGUCUGGGACACACCAAGGUCUUCUUCCGUGCUGGAGUCUUGGGUCAGAUGGAAGAACUUCGUGACGAGCGUCUCAGCAAGAUCGUAUCCUGGAUGCAAGCAUUCGUCAGGGGUUACCUGACGCGCAAGGAUUACAAGAAAUUGCAAGAGCAACGUCUUGCACUCCAAGUCGUCCAGCGCAACCUCCGCAAAUACCUCCAACUUCGUACCUGGCCGUGGUGGAAGCUUUGGCAGAAGGUCAAGCCCCUCCUCAACGCUACCAGAAUCGAGGACGAGCUUGCCAAAUGGGAAGAGAAGGCGACCAGAGCGCAGGAAGCCUUCGAACGAGAGGAGAAGGCUCGCAAAGAACUCGAGGCCCUUAACAGCAAACUCCUCAGCGAGAAGACCGACCUCCUUCGUCAACUCGAGGGAGAGAAGGGAUCCCUCUCCGAGUUCCAGGAGAAGUCGAUCAAGCUCGCCGCCCAAAAGGUCGACCUCGAGUCUCAACUCCAGGACAUUGCUGAUAGAUUGCAGUCAGAAGAAGAAGCCAGGAACCAGCUCUUCCAGAACAAGAAGAAACUGGAACAGGAGGUGUCCGGGCUGAAGAAGGAUAUCGAAGACUUGGAAUUGACAGUACAAAAGUCCGAGCAGGACAAGGCGACCAAGGACCACCAGAUCCGCAAUCUCAACGACGAGAUUGCACACCAGGAUGAGCUUAUCAACAAGCUCAACAAGGAGAAGAAGAACCAGGGUGAGGUCAACCAGAAGACUGCUGAGGAACUCCAGGCUGCUGAAGACAAGGUCAACCACCUCAACAAGGUGAAGGCCAAGCUUGAACAGACCCUGGAUGAACUCGAAGACUCUCUGGAACGCGAGAAGAAACUCCGCGGAGACGUAGAAAAGACCAAGAGGAAGGUUGAGGGAGACCUGAAACUCACCCAGGAGGCUGUUGCUGACCUUGAGAGGAACAAGAAGGAACUUGAACAGACCAUCCAGCGCAAGGACAAGGAACUUUCAUCCCUGACCGCCAAGCUCGAGGACGAACAGUCCCUUGUUGGCAAGCUCCAGAAACAGAUCAAGGAGCUCCAGGCCCGCAUUGAGGAGCUCGAAGAAGAGGUUGAAGCCGAGCGACAAGCUCGCGCCAAGGCUGAGAAGCAACGCAGCGACUUGGCCCGCGAGCUUGAAGAGCUUGGCGAACGCCUCGAGGAAGCUGGUGGUGCCACAUCCGCUCAGAUCGAGCUCAACAAGAAGCGCGAGGCCGAGCUGAGCAAACUCCGCAGGGACCUCGAGGAGGCCAACAUCCAGCACGAGGGAUCAUUGGCCAACCUUCGCAAGAAGCACAAUGACGCCGUAGCCGAGAUGGGAGAACAGAUCGACACUCUCAACAAGCUGAAGGCUAGGGCCGAGAAAGAGAAGGUGCAGUACUUCAGCGAGCUGAACGAUCUUCGCGCCGGAGUCGACCAUCUUACAAACGAGAAGGCUGCUCAGGAGAAGAUCGCGAAGCAGCUUCAACACCAGCUGAACGAAACUCAGGGCAAACUUGAGGAGACCAACCGCACCUUGAACGACUUUGACGCCGCAAAGAAGAAGCUGUCGAUUGAGAACAGCGACCUGCUCCGUCAACUGGAGGAGGCUGAAUCCCAGGUUAGCCAGCUGUCAAAGAUCAAGAUCUCGCUGACUACCCAGCUCGAAGACACGAAGAGACUCGCCGACGAAGAGUCCCGCGAGCGUGCCACCCUCCUUGGCAAAUUCCGCAAUCUGGAACACGACCUGGACAACAUCCGCGAACAGGUGGAGGAGGAGGCCGAAGGCAAGGCCGACAUCCAGAGGCAGUUGAGCAAGGCGAACGCAGAGGCUCAGCUGUGGCGCACAAAGUACGAGUCCGAGGGUGUCGCCAGGGCCGAGGAACUCGAGGAAGCCAAGCGCAAGCUCCAGGCUCGCCUCGCCGAAGCCGAGGAGACGAUCGAAUCCCUCAACCAGAAGGUCAUCGCCCUCGAGAAGACCAAGCAGCGUCUUGCGACCGAAGUCGAGGACCUCCAACUGGAGGUCGACCGUGCGACGGCGAUCGCAAACGCCGCGGAGAAGAAGCAGAAGGCCUUCGACAAGAUCAUUGGAGAAUGGAAACUCAAGGUGGACGACCUUGCCGCCGAGCUGGACGCCAGCCAAAAGGAGUGCCGCAACUACAGCACGGAACUCUUCAGGCUCAAGGGUGCCUACGAGGAGGGACAGGAACAGCUGGAGGCUGUCCGCCGCGAGAACAAGAACCUCGCCGACGAGGUCAAGGACCUCCUCGACCAGAUUGGAGAGGGUGGACGCAACAUCCACGAGAUCGAGAAGGCAAGGAAGCGCCUGGAGGCUGAGAAGGACGAACUUCAAGCCGCCCUUGAGGAGGCUGAAGCUGCCCUUGAACAGGAAGAGAACAAGGUGCUCCGCAGCCAGCUUGAACUUAGCCAGGUCAGGCAGGAGAUCGACCGCCGUAUCCAGGAGAAGGAGGAAGAGUUCGAGAACACCAGAAAGAACCACCAGCGCGCUCUCGACUCCAUGCAGGCGUCCCUCGAAGCCGAAGCCAAGGGCAAGGCUGAGGCGCUUCGCAUGAAGAAGAAGCUUGAGGCUGACAUCAACGAGCUUGAGAUCGCCCUUGACCAUGCGAACAAGGCCAACGCCGAGGCGCAGAAGAACAUCAAGAGAUACCAGCAGCAGUUGAAGGACGUUCAGACCGCCCUUGAAGAGGAACAGCGUGCCCGUGACGACGCCAGGGAGCUCCUUGGAAUCUCGGAGCGUCGUGCAAACGCUCUGCAAAACGAACUCGAGGAGAGCCGCACCCUCCUUGAGCAGGCUGACCGCGGACGUCGCCAGGCCGAACAGGAACUUGGAGACGCCCACGAACAGUUGAACGAGCUCGGCGCACAGAACGCCUCAAUUUCCGCCGCCAAGAGGAAACUCGAGAGUGAACUCCAGACCCUGCACUCCGACCUUGACGAGCUUCUCAACGAAGCCAAGAACUCCGAGGAGAAGGCCAAGAAGGCAAUGGUAGACGCGGCAAGACUCGCCGACGAACUCAGGGCCGAACAAGACCACGCUCAGACCCAAGAGAAACUACGCAAGGCACUUGAGACCCAGAUCAAGGAACUCCAGGUCCGUCUUGACGAAGCCGAGGCCAACGCCCUUAAGGGAGGAAAGAAGGCGAUCCAGAAACUGGAACAGCGAGUCCGCGAACUGGAGAACGAACUUGACGGAGAACAGAGGAGGCACGCCGACGCCCAGAAGAACCUGCGCAAGUCCGAGCGCCGCAUCAAGGAGCUCAGCUUCCAGGCCGACGAGGACCGCAAGAACCACGAGCGCAUGCAAGACCUGGUCGACAAACUGCAGCAGAAGAUCAAGACGUACAAGAGGCAGAUCGAGGAGGCCGAGGAAAUCGCAGCCCUCAACCUUGCCAAGUUCCGCAAGGCACAACAGGAGCUCGAAGAAGCCGAGGAAAGAGCAGACCUUGCCGAGCAGGCCAUCGCCAAGUUCCGUACCAAGGGACGCGGAGGAAGCGCAGCCCGUGGUCUCAGCCCAGCGCCCCAGAAGGGUCGCAAGUUAGCAGCCCUGGAGUAGCCAGUCGCCGCUACCCCCACCACACAGACCCAUGCAGCGACCCAUGUUCGACGGUUCUGCGUUCCCGCCACGCUUCGACCUUCAGCCCGACGGUGAGCUGUAAGCCAAGAAAAAAACGCGAAUCCCAUCAAAUCUUCCCCUUUCCUAUACCACUGUAAGAACAAAAAAAAACAAACAUACUAAAAAAAAAUAAAAAAUACCCCACCUCUCGCCUCAUCACGAAACACACCGCCGUCCUAUAUAAAAUAUAUAUCUCAUAAUACGCCAAAUAUUCAUAUAUAUAUGUACCAAAGUAACAUGAAACAUUCAUUGAGAUAAUAAUAAUAAUGUUAACAAGUAACUUAUAACGAUGAUAAUCGCGUCACCACAAGAAGCAAGAAGACAUCACGACGAUCGUUCGCGAGCUUAUGUAUAUAUAUAUAUACACAUAUAUAUGUAUAUAUAUAUACGUCAUGUCAUAUCAUAUACACGAUAUUACGAUAUGUAGUAAAAUAAUUAUUGAAAGAGAUACGUACACACACAUAUACAUACAUGCGACGAGUGCAGCAACACCCACCGUGUGUAAAUGAGGAAGAGGUGUUCGAACAGCAGUGUGACACCGCCGUAACGAGGAUAUAAGAUCAAAAUAAAUAACGAAAGAAAGAAUAAGAUUGUAAAAAAAAAAAAAAGAGAGAACAACAAGCAAAAAAAAUAAAUAAAUAAAUAAAUGAAAUGAAUAACGAACAAGAUCGAGAACAUCACAAUAAUAAUAAUAUUGUAUAUCCUAUAUAAAGUAAUUUAAUUUAUAAAACGAAAUAUGUAUUUAUUAAAAUAAAUAAGCAAAUAAAUAAAUAUAAGAACUGAAUUGAAAUCACGAGCACACCUCUUCUACCCGUGUAACACAUAUACUAUCUACCUAUAUAUAUAUGUAAGAUGUGUAAUUUAUUGUGUAGCCUAGAUACACGUGCAUUGUAUAUGUAUAUACAUAUCCCCCAAGAACGAUCAACUAUUACUACGUCUUUUUGCUCAAAAGUGUGAUGCAUGAACGGCCGAGGCGGGGCUUUUCAUUAAUUUUCAUCUCGCAAACGUAUAUAAGCGCAUAUACGAUUCUCAUGCAUUAUACACACAAAACGACAAAAAAAAAAAAAAAAAAAAAACAAUUUUUUCUAAUAAAA